AUGAAAUUACCAGAAUCAAUGCUCCUCCUCGAACCCUUGCAUUGCACAGCCGAAGAAAUCCUUCAAAGCGGUGCUCGCAAUUCCACUGCAGUACAGAACUACCUCAGUUAUCUUGAGAAAGGAUGGCUAGGUCAAGCGUUGAUAGAAAGAUAUACCUACACCCAAUCCCCAUCUACACCAGCAGGAAUGAUUCGAACCAACGCCAUCAUAGACGGCAAGUUUAUAGAGUGGUUGAAGCCUAUUCAAGACGAAAUAAAAGACGAUUUACGUGACUUGCUCAAAGGAGGAUAUAUCGAGGAGCUUGUUACCGAACGGAGUAUCUACGCAAAAGCGAUGGAAAUUUAUCCCGAUGAUCCUGGACGAGAGCUUUUGGGGCAGUUGGUUGAGAUGAUUGAUGAAGGUUUGCAGGAAAUGCCAAAAGUAUACGUGAUAGUCAAGAACAAAGAGGGAGAAGCAGUUGGACCGCUGAUUGAGGUUAAAGGGAGUUGUGGAGUGGAAGACGCGAUUGCAGGAUUGAGUCAGAAGGUCCUGGAUGAAGGGGUUGUGGGGAUGGAGAUCAGAAAGUCUGGAUGCAGAAUCAGCUCAAGCUUCGAUUGA